AUGGUAGCUGCAAGGUUAACCUCGGUUGGGGGCCUCUUGGCGAUGUUGAGGGAGCGCGAGCCAUUGCUGAAGCUUCAUGCUCUCUCCAAUCUCAAUGCCUUUGUACACAAUUUCUGGCCUGAGAUCUCCUCUAGCAUUCCCAUCAUAGAGAGCUUGUAUGAAGAUGAAGAGUUUGGCCAUAGAAACCUAGCAGCCUUGCUUGUUUCAAAGGUUUUCUACUAUCUCGGCGAACUUAGAGACUCAAUAACAUUCGCCCUUGCUGCUGGUCCUCUAUUCGACGUAACAGAGGAUUCUGAUUAUGUUCAUACACUUCUAGCUAAAAUUAUAGAAGAGUAUGUCAGUAUCAGGUCAAAUCCUUCUGUAUCUAACCAAUAUGUAAUGGACCUUAGAUUGGAGAAAAUUGUUGAGAUAAUGUUAGACAAUUGUAUAUCAGAUGGAAAAUAUCGACAAGCCAUAGGAAUUGUAAUUGAAUGUCGGCGACUGGAUAAACUUGAAGAAAUUAUCACUAGGAGUGAUUCUGUUCAUGAAACACUAUCAUAUUGUAUUAACAUCACUGACUCCUUUGUGUAUAGUGAAAAAUAUCGUAUAAAGGUUUUUCAAAUCUUUCUUAAAGUCUAUCGGGAGCUGCCUUGUCCGGAUUAUUCAAGGAUUUGUGAAUGCUUUAUGGUCCUGUAUGAAGCACAGGGUAUUGCUGGAGUCUUGGAAAAACUAUUACGUUCUGAAAACCAGGACGACGCCUUGCUGGCAUUUCAAAUUGGUUUUGAUCUUGUAGACAAUGAUGACCUAUUCUUCCAGAUGGAAGUGAUAGAUGCGCUUAGCGAUUUCCAGACAGAGGGAAAUGCAAGUGCUUCUGAAGAUAAUAGUCCAAUAACAGAUGGGACUUCAGAUCCAAAUGAAGCAGACUAUGCCGAAAGACUAAUAAAAAUGAAGGGAAUUUUGUCUGGAGAAACCUCAAAAUUUCUGACAGUUCUUUUUCUACGCAGCCACAACAAGUCAGAUCUUCUUAUACUCGAGACAAUAAAGGAGUCAAUUAUGAGGAGACCUGCUACUAUAUGCCACACUGCAACUAUCAUGGCUAAUGCAAUCAUGCAUGCCGGAACAACAGUAGACACAUUUCUGCGAGACAAUCUGUUAUGGGUUAGGAAGGCCACUAAUUGGGCCAAAUUCAAUGCUACUGCUGGGCUAGGUGUCAUCUACAGUGGCCACUUGCGAGGGGGAAGAUCUUUGAUGGCUCCUUUCUUACCACUUCACUUGGAUUUUGGUGGGGAUGAUUAUUCUAAAAGUGGUGCUCUUUUUGCUUUAGGGUUGAUCCAUGUGAACCAUGGGGAGCAGAUCAUAGAGUUUCUAUGCCAAAGCUUAAAUAGUGGUACAGGGAAGGAUAUUCUUGCGCAUGGGGCGUGCUUGGGUCUUGGUUUGGCUGGUUUUGGGACUGAAGAUGAGAAAAUUUAUGACAUUUUAAAUUCGGAGGUUCUAAAUGAUAUUGCGGUUGUUGGAGAAGUAGCUGGUAUGAGUAUGGGCUUGGUGAUGGUAGGUACUUUUAAAAGAGCAAAGGCGAGUCAAAUGCUUGAAUAUGCACAUACAACAGAGCACGAGAAAAUCAUCAGGGGAUUAGCUUCGGGGAUAGCACUUACAGUUUAUAGAAGAGCAGAAGAAGCUGAUGAAGUAAUUGAGAAUAUGUGUGGUGAUCGAGAUCCAAUUAUUCGUUAUGGUGGCAUGUAUGCUUUGGGUUUGGCUUAUAGUGGAUCAGGAAGCCGUAAAGCCAUUCUCCAGCUCUUACAUUUUGCUGUGUCGGAUGUCAGCGACGAUGUCAGGCGGACGGCUGUUAUAGCGCUUGGAUUCGUUCUUUAUGCAGAUCCUGGACAGACUCCACGGUUUGUGUCCCUUUUGUCAGAAUCUCAUAAUCCGCAUGUGCGAUAUGGUGCGGCAUUAGCCGUUGGUAUUUCGUGUGCUGGGACGGGCCUGAAUGCGGCCAUAUCCUUGCUGGAGCCCUUAACAACAGAUGUGGUUGAUUUUGUACGUCAAGGUGCUUUAAUUGCAAUGGCUAUGGUGAUGAUUCAGAUUAGUGAAGCUAGUGAUUCCCGUGCAGGAGCAUUCAGGAGGCAUUUGAAGAGCAUUAUAGCGAAUCAAGAUAAGGUUGAAGACAAGAUGACGAAGAUGGGAGCAAUUCUGGCAUGUGGAAUACUUGAUGCGGGAGGAAGAAAUGUGACAAUAAAGUUGGUUUCUGGGACACAUCAUGAUAAAAUGACGGCGGUGGUCGGUCUUGCCUUGUUCAGUCAGUACUGGUAUUGGCAUCCGUUUAUAUAUUUCAUAAGCCUGUCGUUUUCGGUAACAGCUUUUAUUGGUGUGAAUUACGAUAUCGAAGUUCCGAAAUUUGAUUUGUUAUCAAAUGCCAAACCAUCUCUUUUCAAGUAUCCACCGGCGACGAGUAGAAGCAGCACAGGCUCCUCCUCAACUAAUCUGAGUGGAAUUCUUCCCACGACUGCCGUUUUGUCAACAACAGUAAGGGCUGCAAAGUUAAAACAAUCUUGUUCUUCUUCUUCUUCUUCUUCUUCUCUGGUAAAGAAGGAUGUGGGGGAAAAGAAAAAGAAGGAAUUAGAAGAAGAAGCAGAUUUUGAGAUAUUGAGGAACCCUGCAAGAGUUGUUGUUGGUCAAGAGAAAUUCAUAAGAUAUGUUGAAGAUAGCAGAUAUGUAGGAGUUAAUUACUAUAAGUGGAGGAGGAUGACACCUUUUUCGGGCUUUGUGGUCCUGAAAGACCUUCGUCCAACUGAACCAGUUGAAGAAAUAGACGACUUGUCCAUCGCUGAUAUUGCUGCUGCUGUCCCCAUGCCUACCUUGUUCUCCAUCCCCAUGCAAGUGAGGACCUGGUGGAUAGCACCAUCUGAUAGUGAUGGGGAUGGCGAAUCUGGUGGAGAGGACUAGAUAGGA